AAUUUUGUAUUACGUAUUUUUGUACAUUCUGAAAUGUUUCAUAUUUUGUAAAUGUUAAGGUCCUUAUUUAGUAGUGACUAAAAUAUUUUUAAGCACAUUAUAAAAUGUGAAAAUAAACCGUAAUUAAUACAAUACUGAUACGUUAAUCAGUAUUUGAUAAGUGUUAGUUUGUGUAAUUUUCAUCGCUAUACCGUAAACUGAUUAAUUAAUUUGAAAAUCGGGUCAGUGAUCGGGAACCGGUUUUUGGAGUAGGUAGUAUGGUAGUGUGACCUUGUUGAUUUAUCAUUAUCAUUCGUAUCAGAAUUCGAGUGUCAACUUAGUUCGUACGUUUUCGGUGAUAUAACAUCAGUUGUUAUCUGCAUUUAAAAUGGCCACAAGUCCGCUGUUGAAGACUACAAAAUUAGGCAUUUACUCCCGAAAAUGCCUAAAGUCACUAUCACAAUGCCGCACCUUCACAACCCAGUUGACAGAACAGCAGAGAACUAUUCAGGAGAUGGCGAGGAACUUCGCUGAUGAGCACCUGAAGCCUAAUGCUGCUCAUCAUGAUACCGAAGCCUUGUUUCCUUUUGAACCUAUCAAAAAACUGGCGUCAAUGGGUCUCCUGGGAGCCUGCGCGAGCCCAGACUACGGAGGCCUAGGCUUAGACUACCUGUCCCUCGCUCUAGCAGUCGAGGAGCUCUCCCGGGGCUGUGCCAGUGUAGGCAUGAUCGUCUCAAUACAUAACUUCCUUUAUGUCAACUUGGUGAACGAGAAGGGGACGCCGGAACAGAAAGAGAUAUUCUUGAGGGAUUUCACUAAGGGUGCUCUUGGGUCGUUCGCUUUGAGUGAACCAGGCGCAGGCACAGACGUCGCAGGUAUACAGACCAAGGCUGAACUCAAUGGUGAUAAUUAUAUCCUGAACGGCAAGAAGACCUGGGUCACCAACGCCAUCGAGGGCAAAGCCCUAGCUACUUUUGCUACGAUCGACCCAGCACUUAGGCAUAAGGGGCUUGCAUGUUUCCUAAUCCCUAUAGAGACUGAAGGUAUCUUCAGAGGCCAGAAGGAACGCAUCAUGAGUGUUAGCAUGUCCGACAGGGCGGCGACUGCCUGCCCAGUCACCUUGGAAGACGUCUGCAUCCCGCGGUCCUAUGUCGUGGGUGAACCAGGGGAAGGGUUCCGCAUAGCCAUGGAGCAGCUCGACCAGGCGCGCAUCGGCAUCGCGGCGCACGCUGUCGGUAUCGCACAGUCAGCUUUAGACACUGCAAUUUCAUACGCGAAGAAAAGGAUCGCUUUUGGCAAACCCCUGUCCAGAUUAGCAUCCGUCAAGGACCGUCUAACAGAAAUGUGCAUGCUAGUAGAAACAGCCCGACUGGCCACCUACCGUGCCGCAGUAGAGGUCAGCACUAAAAACAGUGCGAUGGCCAAGUAUUUAGCUGGACGCAACGCUACGGCCGUCGCUGAUCAUUGCGUACAAAUCCUUGGCGGACGAGGCCUGUCCGUCAAUUAUGAUGCUGAGAGACAUUAUAGGGACGCCCGAGGUACGCAGAUCUACGGCGGUGUCACAGACAUACAGAAGAGGCUGGUAGGACAUUACCUACUGAAGGAACACGACGCGCUUUGAAGAGACACCGGUAAACCUGUUCUAGUCUACUCUAGUUAUACACGGGGGAAUAUUAUCGAAAUAUUUAAUGAUAUUUAAGUACCGGGUUUCAUAAAAAAAUAUUUGCUGUUGAGUGAAAAUCAUGAAACAAAACGAAGUAAGACCAUUUUGGGUCUUUUAAUCAUCUGCCUAGCCUUUUCGUUAAGCAACACUUGGUGCGGUCUUUUUUGGGUUCGGGAAAAGAUUGUUGGCAAAAAUGUUUCGAUAAUAUUGCUCAAGUUGAAACAAUAAAACAUCGACUGAAAUGGUCUUCCCAUUUUUUGGGAUUUACUUUUCCAACUAUCUUUCUAUUUUCUUCUCAACGUCACAAUUUUAUGAGUCUUCGCAGCUUCUUCUAUAUUUUGUUAUUGAUCAUAGGUUAUUUUUUACUUAUGUCGUCUUCCACACUAUCUAUGUUAUCCAUCACAAUAUUCACAAUUUCGAAUAUCAGAAUAUAAUUUUAAUUGAUUUAAUAUUCCUGCUCUUCAAAUAUUUUAUCUUUGCAAAUCUGCUCGAUAAACGCUCAAAUCGUGGACUUGAAUAUUUUAAUAAAGGGAACAGCGUCAUUUAAUAUUUUUUUCGCAUAAUAUUACACUUGUUAUACUUUGGUAAGAAGUUUUUAAUUUUGUGUUCAAUAAUGAUAAAAGUUUACAAGACAAAUAAAACGUAUACACUUCAAAUAUAGUUUUUUGUUAAUUUUAAGGAUAGAACUAUAAGUGAUAUAAAAUGUUUUAUAUUCAAGAAGUCGUAAUAUUUUUAAUUAACAAUAUGUCAGCUAAAACAAAAGAAAAACGAAAUUGACAACUGGUUUGAACAAGAUUUCUAAUUAUAAAGAAAAAUAUACCUCUAAAAGGUUUGGCUAAGAUCCAAAAUAUUUCAUUAGAGUUAGGACGAUUUUAACCACUUAAAAGUACUCCCGUGGAAAGAUUUUAAUGGCCAACAAAAAUCCGUGUCGCAAAUACCUAAUGUUGUUAACUCCUCAUAAAAUAAUAGUUUUAAGAGCAUCGCAUUUAUAACGUAAUUUUAGCCAAUAUUUGUAUCAUGGAGAACAUAAUGACUAGCGGAGCUGACAUAACGCAAAAUCUCCUAAGAAAGUAGCGCGCCAAAAUACGGGUGAUCGGGGGACGAGGAAUGUUACUAGUCCCGCCCUUACAGGCCUUUUCUAUGGAUUAUUUUCAAAAUAAAAUCACCAAUCUUUGAUAGAUUGGUUUUGAUUUGACGAGGAACCCGACCGUCUCGGUAGUUCCUCGGUAGUUGUCUGCCGUACCUUGCUUGACCUACAAGAAGGCGCCUGACCCACCUUCCCUAUGGCAUCUCCGCUAUUUUUCAUUCCUCCGUGAUUUGUAUAUAUGUACUUAUGUUCAAAUGGGACAUUCCAUUUUAUUAAUAUGUGCGUUUUAAAAACGCAUGAUACCUACUUGGGUCCGAAAAUUUUAAAAAAGGUGCUAACUUUGUUAUUUUGGUUGAUUCGUUUUAGGCUACAAAUUGAAGAGGUUUGUACUUAACUUUUAUUUAAAUGUUUUUUGCAAUUAAAUAAAUAGCCCGUUAUAGGCUUUUCCUCUUUUUAGCAUAUUAGGUGCCAGUAGAAUGUGACUGAUUUAGCCUUAACGCAAAACUAAUAAAACCGCAUAAUAUUUUGCUUAUGAAAUUUUGCAAUGUUUUUUUUUUGUCAGUUCUGUAUCCUAUUUAAUGUAGUUGACUGUACUUCUAAGUCACUGGGGCUAUUUCAUUUUAUAUUCAUUUCUGUACAAAACUAAGAUUAUUGUGUCAAAACACAAAUCUACAUAUAAUAUAGUUACUAUAUAAUGAAGUGUUUAUCAACUUUUAUUAUACGUAUUGUUCUAUUGUUAUGAUUUAAUAAAAAUAUAUUUUUGUAAA